AUGAAGCGAUCCCAGGAAGAACGCAAGGCCGGAGAAGAGCCUCCGAAGCCCGUCUUCCUCACGAAGGCGGAGCGUGAGCGCCUCGCUCUCCAGCGGCGCCAGGAGGAAGUCACUGGCCAGAAGCGCCGGGCGAGUGAGUUGCUUCUACAGCCGCCGCCACCGCCACAGCAAUCUCCCAGCGGCAACGGCCGCCCGCCGAAGCCUCCGUCCUCGGAGACGCCAUCGGAUGGUAAUUCAUAUCGCGACCGUGAUAGGGAUCGAGAUCGCGACCGUUAUCGGGACCGCGACAGAGAGCGGGAUCGCGACAGGGCGCGGGAGAGAGACCGUGACAGAGGGCGGGACCGGGAGAGGGAGCGGGAGGAGGACUCGAAGAGCCGGGAGAAGGCUCGUAUGGAGAAGCAGGCCGAGCGGGAGAGGGAGAAGGAGUUGGAUGCCAUCAAGGAACAGUAUCUGGGUUCGAAGAAACCUAAGAAGCGCGUCAUAAAACCGAGUGAGAAGUUCCGCUUCUCCUUCGACUGGGAAAACACGGAGGACACCUCCCGGGACAUGAACACUCUCUACCAAAACCCCCACGAGGCCCGCCUCCUAUUUGGCCGCGGGUUCCGCGCAGGAAUCGACCGGCGGGAGCAGAAGAAACUUGCCGUUCGCAAUGAAAAGGAGACCCGCGAGGAGAUUCGUCGCAAGGAUGGUGUUGAGGAGGGCCCCGAGGAGGCAGCAGCCCAGCGUCAGAAGGAGGCAGCCGCUGAGCUUUACGAUGCCUUUGACAUGCGUGUUGACCGCCACUGGUCGGAGAAGAAGCUAGAGGAGAUGACUGAACGCGACUGGCGUAUCUUCCGUGAGGACUUCAACAUUUCAUACAAGGGCUCCCGUUUGCCCCGUCCCAUGCGGAGCUGGGUCGAGAGCAAACUGAGUCCCGAACUCCUGAAGGCUGUGGAGAAGGUUGGAUACAAGACCCCCUCCCCGAUCCAGAUGGCUUCCAUCCCUCUUGGGCUACAGCAGCGGGAUGUAAUUGGGAUUGCUGAGACUGGUUCGGGAAAAACAGCUGCCUUUGUCCUCCCCAUGCUUACGUAUAUUACAAAGCUGCCUCCCAUGAGUGAGGAGAAUGAGGCCGAAGGGCCCUACGCCGUGGUCAUGGCACCAACUCGGGAGCUUGCUCAGCAGAUUGAAGAUGAGACUGUCAAAUUUGCUCGUUACCUGGGGAUCAAGGUGGUCUCUAUUGUUGGUGGGCAAUCCAUUGAGGAGCAGGGGUUUAAGCUGAGGCAGGGCUGUGAGGUUGUUAUUGCAACACCAGGACGUCUUCUGGAUUGUCUGGAGCGCCGCUAUGCUGUCCUAAAUCAGUGCAACUAUGUGGUGCUUGAUGAAGCUGAUCGUAUGAUUGACAUGGGUUUUGAGCCGCAAGUUGUAGGUGUGUUGGAUGCAAUGCCUUCCAGCAAUUUAAAGCCAGAAAACGAGGAAGAAGAGCUUGAUGAGAAGAAGAUUUACAGGACAACAUACAUGUUCAGUGCAACCAUGCCAACGGCUGUGGAACGUUUGGCCAGGAAAUAUCUGAGGAACCCUGUCGUUGUGACUAUCGGUACUGCUGGAAAGGCCACUGAACUUAUCACUCAGCAUGUGAUAAUGGUGAAGCAACCAGAGAAAAUGCCUAGGCUUCAAAAGCUGCUCGAUGAGCUUGGUGAGAAGACUGCUAUUGUCUUCUGUAACACGAAAAAGUCUGCAGAUAAUUGUGCCAAGGACUUGGAUAGGUUGGGUUAUAGAGUAACAACAUUGCAUGGAGGCAAAUCGCAGGAGCAGCGAGAGAUUAGCCUGGAAGGUUUCAGGAGCAGGAGGUUUAAUGUUCUUGUUGCGACGGAUGUGGCUGGACGUGGAAUUGACAUUCCUGACGUUGCACACGUCAUAAACUAUGAAAUGCCCAAUACUAUUGACAUGUAUACUCAUCGCAUUGGACGGACAGGCCGUGCUGGGAAGACGGGUGUGGCAACUACGUUUUUGACUCUGCAUGACACAGAUGUGUUCUAUGAUCUUAAGCAGAUGUUAAUACAGAACAACAGCCCUGUACCACCUGAGCUGGCAAGGCAUGAAGCUUCAAAGUUCAAGCCUGGAAGUAUCCCUGACAGACCACCUAGACGGAAUGAAACUUUAUAUGCUCACUAA